AGUUCGCGCGCUCCCAUCGUCAGUGUUUCCCGUGCGUUCGAUCGUCGAAGUCACUCGCCGUCGGAAUAGUUUCGCGAUCGUUUCUCUCGCUGCCACAGUGCUACAAUCUCGCUUUCAGCUCCUCACAUCGAGAAGGUGUCGACGGGGCAAACUAGCGUAAACGCGUGGAGUGUGGAUCCGUUUCCACCCCAAAAGACAUUACAGUGUGAAAGGAAACAGAGUUCGUUUAGUGACUUUUAGUGACAAAAGCAACCACAAUGAACCACACCCGGCAACGGUUGAUACGUGAGCUGACUGCGGUGCGUACGAUCGCUCAACCAAGGACGGCCGUGCAGCUUCAGCGACAGCAGCAGCAGCAGCAGACCCGUUGCAGCAGCACAGACCGCCCGAUCCGAUACACACACUCUACCGCCUCCUGUCCGCACAUGGUCGAGGCACUGAACGUCGGAACGGACGGUGCACAGACGACGGCCAGCAGUAAUAGUAGCAGUGCACGCAACACGAUCCGGCUGGAAGAUGCGCGGCCCUACUCGGAAGUGCCUGGACCGAAACCGCUGCCAAUACUGGGCAACACCUGGCGUGUUUUCCCCAUCAUCGGCCAGUACAAGAUAUCGGAUGUGGCGAUGAUAUCGUUCCUGCUGCACCGCGACUACGGCCGCAUCGUACGGCUCGGUGGAUUGAUCGGCCGCCCGGAUCUGCUGUUCGUGUACGACUGUGACGAAAUCGAGAAGGUGUACCGUAAUGAGGGCCCAACACCGUUCCGACCCUCGAUGCCCAGCCUCGUGAAGUACAAGAGUGAGCUGAGGAAAGACUUCUUCGGCGAUCUUCCCGGUGUCGUUGGAGUUCACGGUGAACCAUGGCGUGAGUUUCGCUCCCGCGUCCAAAAACCGGUCCUGCAGCUGUCCACCGUCCGGCGGUACGUGUCCCCGCUCGAGCAGGUGACGGAAGAGUUCAUCGACCGGUGCCAGCAGCUGCUGGACGAUCGCAAAGAGCUGCCCGACGAUUUCGACAACGAGAUCCACAAAUGGUCCCUGGAGUGCAUUGGGCUGGUGGCGCUCGACACCCGGCUCGGGUGUUUGGAGCCGAAUCUGGACCCGAAAUCGGAACCGCAGCAAAUCAUCAAUGCGGCCAAGUAUGCGCUGCGCAAUGUGGCCACGCUCGAGCUGAAGGCACCGUACUGGCGCUACUUCCCGACGCCGGUCUGGUACAAGUACGUCAGCAACAUGGACUACUUCGUCAAAGUUUGCAUGAAGUACAUCAAGAAUGCAACGCAGCGGAUGAAGCUGAACGAAGGCCGUGCACUGGACGGCGAACCUUCGCUGCUGGAGCGUGUCAUCAAGAGCGAAAACGACGAGAAGCUGGCCGUUGUGAUGGCGCUUGAUUUGAUACUGGUCGGAAUCGAUACGAUUUCGAUGGCAGUCUGUUCGAUUCUGUACCAACUUGCCACCCGGCCAGCCGAGCAGCAGAAGCUGUACGAAGAGCUGAAGCGGCUCAUGCCCGACCCGAAGACACCGCUCACGAUCCAGCUGCUCGAUCAGGCCCACUACCUGAAGGCAUUUAUCAAGGAGGUGCUGCGGGUGUACAGCACCGUCAUCGGCAACGGGCGCACCCUGCAGGAGGACACCGUCAUCUGUGGCUACCGAAUUCCGAAAGGGGUCCAGUGCGUGUUUCCGAAUCUAGUCCUCGGCACGAUGGAAGAGUACGUGUCCGAUGCGCAACGGUUCAAGCCGGAACGGUGGCUGAAGCCGGCACAGGGCGGUUCCGGUGAUCAGCUGCACCCGUUCGCCUCCCUGCCGUACGGGUACGGGGCGCGCAUGUGCCUCGGCCGACGGUUUGCCGAUCUGGAGAUGCAGAUACUGCUGGCGAAGCUGCUGCGCUCGUUCAAGCUCGAGUACCACCACAAACCGCUCAAGUACGAGGUGACGUUCAUGUACGCACCAGAAGGUGCGCUCAAGUUUAAGAUGACGCCGCGGGAAGAGUAGGCGGAGUUAGGGCGAAGGAGAAAAGG